GUUCUCCAUGCUUCGUUCUUUCCACUGGUCCAUGGAUGCAAAGUAUCAUGUGGACAGCCGCAUCCAGCCUGAACGCGCGCUCCUCUUUGUUCGCGCUCUGCUUGGCAGCUCUUCAAGGCUUCGGACCAGUGGAUCCUUUCCCCAGUCCGUCACCGCUGCUCGGGUCCGACUUUAGGAGUUUAAGAAGAUACGUAUACCUACAAAUAUCUUCAGACACCGGAAACUUCUACCUGGAAAUCACGUCUAAUGGCCAGGUUAAGGAAACACCCAAGCAAAGUUCUUACAGUAUAGUUUUGCUGAAGGCAAAGUUGAAAGACCGCUUGGCCAUACUGGGUGUGAGAAGUGACCGUUAUCUCUGUCUAGACGCUGAGGGAAAUGCUUUUGGCUCUAUUGUCUUCAAUGAGGACAGCUGUCUUUUCCACCACAGACUGCUGAAGAACCAUCACCACCUGUACCUCCCUGAUGGAAGCACCCUGCUGCUGAACAUGGAGGCGCCUGUGAAGGCGUGCAUGUCCGGGCAUGACUUAUCCGCCUCCCCCGUCUUCCUGUCGGAGAGGUGCGCCGUCCACAAGAACCGUCAGCGGAGGAGGAGGAGGAGCAAAGAGGUGGACUCAUCUGACCCGCUCUGCCUGCACAACCAGCGGGGGAAAUGCCUGCCCUCCCAGAAAGACGAGCUCAUCCUAGAACCAGAGAUGACAGAGCAGAGCCAUGCCGUCUCCAAGGAGACCAUCACAUCCACCUCCGACGACCCCUUUAUGGUGGUGCAGCCUCCAGGUAGCCCCGGAAGCCCGCGCAGUGUAGGCGCAGAGAAGGCACUGCCUAAAAAAAUGACGGCUUUGGAGGAUGGUGGAGGGGAUUAGCUCUUCCAGAGCAUAGCCAGGAGAGUCUCUCUCCGACAUAUAGCUACCAUAGUUUUAUUUAUCAUCACAGAGACGGAGUCAGUGGCUUCGCUUGACUGACUAUGAUGGCUGAUUCGUGAGGUCACAGCACAAGAGUUCCUGACACACAGCAACGCCAGUCCGGAAUACUGUGUUAUUUCUUUACAAUCAGGAGAGAAAAGAGAGCAGAUGCAUUACCAUUUUAAAAAGUCACAUUCGUCCGGGAGAACUGUUUGACCAGGCCGGCUGAAGGUUACAUAAGUCCUCCUGAUGCACUUUGAAAUAUUUGCACUGCUGAACAGGACACUGUGGAGUGCUCAGACCUACUCGGUGCGUUUGAUCGUCCCUAAUGCAGGGAUUAAAGUCCUGUCAAACUGGCCUGACGCCUGCUUUUUCACAGAGCUGGAUGAGAACGGCCCACUUACAGUGAAAAUGUCAUGCCAGGCCCAGCUAUGCCAGACUGGUUUACUGAAAGCUCUUUCAUCUUAUGGCGUAAAAUCAACCCCAUACUGAACUAGGAGGGAGACAAUGGAAAGAGUAUGUUAUACAAACUUGUUGUACAAACAGUAAGACAACUGACAUCGUUGAUGAAUUCUGCAUUGUUAAAAUCCUGCCCGCCCCGCCCGGGGGAGAAAAUGUCAGAUUAAUGCGAGUCUGUCCUUGCCCUGUCUCUUUUUCAGGUUAAAAUUUAAACCGCCUCCAUGCUGUUGCAACAAUGUCAUUUUUGAACUUUCAUAAGUUGAUGUCCCAAGAAAAAAAAAAGCACCAGUGCACUCUUCAUAUUUUUCCAAAAGCAUA